AAAUAGCCUUUCCUGUAAAGAGGAUUUUAAAAAAAAAUGAAAAGUCACGUGGUACAUCAGACAGUAAAGCACUGCAGACGUUCAUUUUCAUUUAUCAAGACUUGUAUACUUCAGAGCACCAAGAUAACUGCCUCUUUAAUUGUGAGUAUAUACUUUAUUCAUUUAUUACAAUCUACAUAUAAGAAACUGAGAAAAUAUACAUAUCCAUUUUAUUGUAAUAUGGUUUUUCGAUACAUGUUUGAAGCGUUUUGGUUAACGUUCAUCUUUCGUUUCAAAUAUCGCGAAAUUAGGGGAAAAAAACCAGCAGACAGCAUCCCAAUGACGCUAAGGACAGACAGGAUCGUGGUGACCGGUGGGGCGGGGUUUCUGGGACAGCAUAUUGUCAAAAUAUUACAGGAAAGGGCCGACUAUGUCAAAGAAAUCCGUGUACUGGAUCUGAAGCCUUUCACCAAACAACUAGAAUACGAGGACAGAAUUCCGUUGACAAGUUUUGUGGGUUCCGUCACAGAUUACAGCGUGGUAGAGAAAGCGUGUCGGAAAGCGUUUAGUGUAUUCCACGUGGCUGGCCUAAUCAGCUUUGGGACGUCACCAGACAUUGACGCCAUGAUGGAAAUCAACGUCAAGGGAACACAGAAAAUACUGGAUGCAUGCGUGGAAUGUGGUGUUCAAAGACUUGUCUUGUGUAGCUCAGUUGAUGUCGUUAUUGGAUUCGAUGACAUCAGAGACGGCACUGAGCAGACGACAGGAAAGCCAUCUAAAUUUCUUUUCCCUGGAUACCCAGAGACGAAAUACAUGCAAGAAUGUAUGGUUUUACAAGCCAAUGGAAGACCUACUGUAAAUGGAGAAUCACUGGCUACAGUGUCUCUCAGAGCCAAUGUAAUGUAUGGAGAAGGGGAUCAGUAUUAUGUUGCCAAUGGACUCCGUUCGGCCCAGAGCUCAAAGGGAACACUUGUGCAAAUAGGUAAUGGAAAAAAUCUGUUUCAACAGUGUUAUGCCGGAAAUGCUGCCUGGGCAUUUCUUUGUGCUGACAAAGCCUUAAAAUCCAAUAAAUCCAUAGGAGGACAGGCCUUCUUUAUACCAGAUGACACCCCGCUGUCUAAUUCUUUCGAAUUCAUGAAACCAUUCUUGGAGAGCAGAGCCAUGGCCCUCUCUUCUUACAGGAUUCCAUUCGUUGCAGUUUACUGGCCACUGGUGAUUUUUGAAUUUGUUUUGAAGCUUAUUUCUCCAAUAGUGAGAAUCAACUUCCAAACAGCGUCAUGCAGUGUCAAGUACAUUAACAUGGAUCUUUACUUCAGAAGAGACAAAGCUGAAGCUCUACUGAGUUAUAAACCUGUAUUUUCACCUAGUGAGGCCAUGAAGAUGUCACUCACUUUUUAUAAGCAUAUGAAGUUAUAA